GCUUAUGCAAUGCGGUCCAUUCACCUACUUGCCUAGUCUGUGGAUAGACGCAUUCAUCUUAGAUGAAAGAUUUUACUACAUUUUUUUUUAAAUACUGGUUUAAUACAGAAAUGGUUCCAAUGAAUAACAACGGAACCCUCCUAAAGGAAGCGCGUCGCAACCGUCACUUUAGCAAUCGAAAUUGCAUACAACUUCUACACUACACUUCAGUCUAAUACGAACUCCGUGACACAAUGUCCGCCUUGCUAUUCGUUGUGGUUACGAUCGUAAUCGCGAUCGUAAUUAGAUUCUAUGAAAAGAAUACCAAUGCCAUGUGCAAGUCUAAGAAGAAACUUGAUGGGAAAAUUGCUAUAGUGACCGGCGGAACCGCUGGUAUGGGACUGGAGAUUGCUAAAGAAUUUGCGCGAAGGGAAGCUAAAGUCAUCAUCGCUUGCCCUUUCAAAGAAGAAGGAGUUAACGCCAGAAAAGAAAUAGUCGAAGAAACUGGAAACGAAAAAAUAAUUUUCAAGUUAUUAGACCUCUCCUCUAUAGAGUCUGUGCGGAAAUUUGCAGCAGAUAUCAUAAACACAGAAGACAGACUGGAUAUUUUGAUCAACAAUGCAGGCGUUGGGGUCCCAUCUGACUUCGUGACGGCGGACGGUAUGAGCUUCAUCAUGCAAGUGAAUUACUUCGGACACUUUCUAUUGACACUCCUGCUGCUGCCACUUUUGAAGAAAUCUGGAACUUCAUGGCAGCCAAGCAGGAUAGUGAACACGUCUUCGAUACUACAUCAAAUUGGGGCGUACGAUAUUAGGAACCUCAACAGAACAGACCACUGGUUCAUGUUCCAAAUCUACGCCAAGAGCAAGAUCUGUUUGGUGUUAUUCGCACGAGAACUAACGAAGAGAAUUAAUGGAUCAAACGUGGUGAUCAACAGUGUGGACCCAGGUGCUGUUGGCACCAGGAUAUUUGACAGCAGUGGGAAAAUAUAUGGACCUAUAUUUACAUUUUUGUGCAAUAGUUUGUACAAGACUCCUUGGGAAGGUGCGCAGACGGCUUUGUACGUAGCUUUAGACUCUGAAGCUGGAGAAGUCAGCGGGGAAUUCUUCAAGAACUGUGCGCGAGCGCGGGCUAUAAAAUGGGCUUAUAGUGAUAAACUGGCCCGCAUAAUAUUUGACGAUUCAGUAAAAUGUGUGAAACUAACUGAUGAAGAAUUAAAUGCAUGUUUAGCGUGAGAAUACCUAUGUCUGUUUUUAAUAGAUUUUGAAAACGUGUUAAAAACUAGAUAUUUUAAAUUUUACUGUGUAGUAUCGAAAUAAUAUGUUUGAAAUAUCGAAUAUUUUAAAUAAUAAAACGAAAAUUAUGGA